UGUGUCAACAGUAAUGACAUGAAAGAAACAGGCACCAUUCCUGCUUUGUGUGUGUUUUCGCGAGAAUAUGAUAAACGUUAGUAUGUAUGCGAGAAAGUUUGUGAAGUGCUUUUAGCUGUAUGUGCAUCCUUUCAGCCUUGGCAUGCUUGGUGUCAGACGUUCCGCUCUGCAACCUCUCACCCCCACAUUUCCAGGGCCCCUACCAUUCAGUGCCAGAGUUUGUCUCUCUAAUCGUUGUGAACACUGACUGGUGGAGACUUCGUGUUGCGGGAAAUGUGAGUUGGAGGCGCUGACUGGGCUAAAAUGUAGCGAGUUACGUUGGCAAACCCUUUGGGGCCACCAUGCAACCACUAGCCCCUCGCCUUGACUAGCCGUGCGAGGCUUGUACAGUACCCGUCGGGAGACCGACUGUGUGUUUGUGUGUGUGUGCACGCGGGAUGGGGAUUGAGAAGCCACAGAACAGCUGUGUUAUGUUAGAUUCUUUUGUCUGACAGCCAUAACAGAGCUCAUGAUAUAUGUGAAUUUAGUCGUGUCCUUGCGUGCUUUUACUCUCAUAUGAAAUUUCAUCGCCGAUAGAUGACUGACAAUCUCGGGUAUCUCUAGUCACUUAAUACCUACACCGCCACUAAUUAUGGUCACACCUAGGUUUCGGUGAACAUUUUUGGGAACUAUUUAGUCCCUUGAUUUUUUUUUUUUUUUUUUUUAGGGCCUUAGUAGCCGAUUUGUAAGUGAUUUUUCUUCCUAUCAUUCUUCAGGGAUUUAAAAGGCAUGCGGCGGUUAUCUGGUUAUCAGCAUAUUAUGGAUCUGUGACCCGUUGCAUUUGAUCAAGUCGGUGCUUGAGGCACGUUGAUAACAUCUGGGAAUGUGGGAAUGUGCAGUUCUUGCUUGGUUCUUGGUUCCUGCUCGUCAUCUGGACAACAGUAGUCACGCGUGGACAAAGUCGUUGAUUGGCAGGGUGGGGAGGUAGAUGGAGGCAACGCGUGUCGUGUACGCGGCUUGUGGCGGGUAGCGGGGUAGCAGGCCGUGCGGGCACGCUGGCUCAGUGUGUAGGAUAGUGCCGGGUAGCUGUGUACGGCGCGCACAUCGCGCCACAAGGCAUGUUACCUCGCGUUCUCACGAUCGGAGUGCAGAUACUUGGCGGCCUUCUGCCUGUCAUCGAAACAGCAGGAAGCGGUGUGCAGUGUGCAGGCCAAGAUCCCCUAGCGGACUGUCCAGUUAUCGCGGUCGUUAAGUGCAACCCAAGUGCCGUGACUCCUGGUCUUGCAGCCUCCCGCCGUGACAUGAUGGACUGGGGCUACCAGCAAGCACGCACUGGUGCCCGAGCCCUAGCUGCGAGGGUGUAGCUGUGGUGGCCGCGACGCCUGAUGCCCGCCACUGCUGCUGCUGCCCUGCCCAGCGAGGAGAGCGGUGACCGGGGGCCAUGCCCCACCACUGAGGGCGGCCAGAAGGGGGACCGUGGCCGGUGGGUGGGAGGGACUGGGCCUGGAGUCGUCGGGGCAAGACACCAUGAUUCAUGUUCCUGUGGCGCUCAUCACCGAGAAGCUUCGCGGCCAGACGCUAGAAGAUGACAUCAAGGUGCCGGUACCAAGAGACGGUGCCCUUCAGAUUGAAGGUAAGAACGUCUGGCUGUCUCUGGAUGGCGAAGGCAAGGACCAGCAGACUAACAGGGAUAGACAGGCAGUGGGUGCCUCACCAACAUGUCCCCACACCCACCUGCAUGGAUCUGGACCUGUGGCUCCAGGUUCCAAUGUGCUUCAUAGACACAGUUCCAGCCCAUCAGCUUCCUUGGCCACCCACCGAUACACCAAGAACCGCACAUUAUUCAACCGUCCAGUCUGUGAUGCAGGCCAGGGCACUCUGCUGGCCCCACCCAAGAAGAAACACUGCCGCUCGCUGUCUGUGCCUGCAGACAACCCACCUACAGGAGCUGGGGUCAUGUCCACGUCACCCCAAGUGGAGGGUGCACGGGUGUGGCGGCCCAUUCCGGUGACACUGUUGAACAGCAGUGGCAGCGGCUGCAUUGCUUGCCUGGAUAACAGGAACCCUGGCUUUGCUGGCUCUUCACUUCACGACGAAGUGCAUGGCCUGGGAAAUAUUCUGCCUGUCGCAUCAUGCAGUCGUUUCCACCGGGACUUUAAAAUCACUGGUCACAUCCCCGGUGUAUGUGCAGGAGGGAGUGGCUGCACCAUUGCCAGUGGUGUGCCUGUGGCUCCCUCACCCUUAAGCAUAGAUAGUGGGAGAGACACCACCUCUGACUUGCAGACACCACCAUGCUCUCCUGUGCCACGCCCCUCCUCAGCUGCCAGUCUCCGCUCCCAUGCCUCUUCAUGCUUCAGCGCCCCCUGGCUGGACAGGUCACCUGGACGCCUGAGGUACGAUGCUCUGCAGUCACGCAGCUUGUCAUUUGAGGAACACAUGUCCUCAGGCUUGACAUCAGGGUCUACACCCUGUGUGAUGGGCACUGGCUCAGUUCCACUGUCUCCCUGCCGGAACAAAAUACCCAGAUGCCACUCACAGCCAUGUGUGCUGCAUGAUCGACGGUGUGGAAAGAAACGAAGGCGUGACACAGAACGACCAACUCUUGACUUCCACAAAAUGACGGAGACUGCAUACCCUGGAAAUACCACAUCACAGAUUACCCCGGCCCAGGAUAUCCAGAGUCCCCGGUGGCGAUCAGACAUGGAUUACAUGUGUGUUGGAGGCCUCAUGCCAAUAGCCAGCUCUCCACAGGACACCGAUCUUCCUGCCACCCCUCAGGCCUCUGACCAUGCAGCACUUCAUGGAACAUUAGACAUGGAAGUUGCAGCAUGCCUGCACCUUCCUGCCACCCCACCAAACAGCGAAGUGUCUAGCGGCAUUGACAUCCGGGAGCCAGUCAAGUUGCUUGGGGAAGAAGAGGAGGAAGAGUGUGAUGAGGAGGAGAGCAAUUGUAGUUGCCAUAGAGACCUGAGAGGGGAUGACGGGGGUGGGUUUUUCCCUCUCACUGACCUUGAUCUGGAGCAAAUUGAAAGUCACUGACCAUGGACAAUAGGGGGAAUAAAAAAAAAACAGUGUUUAGCCUUUAUUAUGUUUGUAUAAAAUGUGUUGACAGAAGGAGAAUAACAAAGACAAGCCUUUUGCCAUACCUAAUCAUGGGCUAGCAGCCUGUUUUGUGAUGAUUCCUUUUUUUUUUUCCUUUUCUUUUUUUGAAAAGAAAAGAGGUGAGGUUGGUGAGAAUUUUCAAAGUGGUGCAACAGUGGUUAAUUACGUACAAAUGCUGGUGUCUGAUUCAGUAGCGUCGUCACUUGUACACUGGGAUGAAAAUGUAAGCGUACGUGUCUUUGCCAGAUCAUGAAUAUAGCCACCUAUAUGUGUCUCGUACAUGCAUUCAUACACUAGCACUCAUGCAUGCUUGCAUACAUCUGAUCGUUCUGCCAGACCAGUAGCUAUAAGGUUUAGCUGUGCAGGGGAGAUCACUCAGGGAUGAAAUGGCCGAUCAGGAUAUGGUUGUUAAAUGUGUUGGGCUUUUUCUUCUCCCCAUUUUUGAGAAAUCAAGUUGCCGCCAUGGGUGUGGUGGAAGGCAGUCAGCGUUUAUCAGCUUACAUAAAUAAUUCUUUUCCUCUUACCUCAGCUUCAAUGCUUGGACUUUGAUUCUGUACAACAACAAACAAAAAGUGCAUAAGCUUCUGUGGAGCUGAUAUGGGCCAUUUGAGACUGUACUGGUGGACUGUCAACGGUGCAUGCUUGAUGGUGCAAAGCAUACCUUCCAGAAUUUAUUGAAAGCUGAGCACAUCUGCACUUUUUAAUUACUUCCUUUGACCUGUAGAAGUGUGAGAAUCUAUCUUCAGAUUUAGUAAGGACUGUUCAAGAAUCUAUAGGGCUGGGCUAACAGAGGGAAUGCAGACAGAAAAACUGAGGGUAUGAUGGCAGGCCUAGAAAUAAGGGUACAAGAGGAGCAGGUCAUGUUGUUAAGGUUAGUAGAAAAUACACUGAACAAACCAGCUGUGAAAGUGGCAGUCAAACACUCCUGCUUUCGGAGACCAUGGCAUUGCUAAACAUUGGAGACUAUAUUUUUCAUUGUUGAGAUUAUGUAUUCUUGACCAGAAUCUACACAAUUAUUUUGUCUGAAAGUCCAAGUUAUGUCUUUGUUAUAAUCUGUCUUGAAUUGCACCAAUUGUUUUGUUUAGGAGGUUCAUUAACAAUGAGUUGUUCUGUUGACAUUUCAAUUUGACCAUUGUAAAUGUCUCAGUGCUGGCUGUAGCUGACUUAAAUAUUUUUAAAUUUUUGCAAAAUCCUAGGGUGAAUAUGAUAAUACUUCCAUUUUAUUUUCUUGCAUUCUAGUAGGUAGGACUUUAAUGUUAACAAGCACAACACUAAGAUGAAAGGAGUAAUAAUCUGUGAUUUGGUGACUGAAACAUGAAGUGAAAUUUGGAUUUUGGGAGUAGGUAGGCAUUGAUAGCUAUCAAUUAGGUGUUGGUCGAUACUCACAGAUAUGUAGACAUAAUUUUUUUUUUUUAAAUAGACCAUGAAGAAAUGUUAGCAUCCAACCAAUCAGUAGUUGGAAAACUGUGAUAAAGGAGACUACAAGAACUUUGCCAAGGAAAAAAAGAAAUCUGAGUACGAGUGGACUUUGUGUGCAUUGAGAUUGCUGUUGGAGGGAUGAAGCAUGUAUUUAACCCCAGACGUGAUUACAGGUGGUUUGCUUGCUUACUGCAUGUGCAAUUGUAAUUGGAUUGUCUCUGAAGAAAGUAACAAAACUUGUCUGUAAUGACUCAAAGUACCCCAAGGAGUGCAUAUCAUUUUCUUAGUUUUCUGUGGCAACUUUCCCUCUUCCUCUUUCCCCAGCUUCAUGUAAGUGUUGGAGAUGCUGAUUCUAAAUGAAUUUGAUCUGGUUAUGAGGUCCAUUUCAGCUUCCAAGCAGACCAUAAGGCAGAAUGUCAGUCCCUUUUUUUUCUUUUUGUUUUUUUUUUCCUAUUUUUGUGGGUGGGGUGGGUGGUGAAGUUGUAGUAAAACAGUUUACACUUUAAAGCUGGUCAUCUAUUGCAUUUACACCAAAUGGUGACCACAGUGUACUGGGCAGGUUGCAGGUAAAGUAGUAUAAAUGGGCAUGUAAACACAAAGUGUCAAGUGUCAGUAAUGCAAAAUCUUUAAUUACUCUGAAGAGUAAGCAAGAUGACAAUGAAAAAUCUGCUGUAAGAAAAUUUUUGACUGCAGCGUAGGAACAUACAUAUGAAAUGCUACUCAUACAAGUUCAGUUUAUAACACUCAAAUGAUAAAUAAAAACCCUAGUUUUUCUUUAAGCAGGCUGAAUAAGUUCUGAUCCUGCUUUAGGCAUGUCACAGUCAAUGCAAACAAGUAACUGUGUGCUGCAUAGUCCUAGAUGAUCAGGUGCUAAAUUUUCUGUUAAGUCUCAUUUUUUUGUUUUUUUGUUUAUAUUACAGUUGUCAGCUACAUUAAAUGUAGCAUUGUUCAUGACACCAGACAAAGUGAAGCAUAGAUGCAUAACAAAGGUUUACCUAGUCUGUCUUUGCAGUCAGUCAUUCUGCAUCCAACAUUCAAAGUCCCAUUCCAUGUUUGGAGACUUUGGUAAUCUUCAUUUUCUUAUGUUCUUAUCUGUGAUGUUGAGAGCCCACCUACCAGAAACCUAAGCAACAGGUUGAUAGCAUUUGUUUCUUUUUAGAUGAUAGAUUAGAUGCCCGCCCACUCAUCCUCCUCCAAAAAAUAACUUGCACAAAACCAGUGAUAAGAUAUUUUCCUUUUCUCUCCACUUUAUAAGAUUUUGAUAUGAUUUUUAAAAUUAUUUUCAGUUCUAUUAGUGUCAUCAAUCAUUAAGCACUUAAUCAUGCUGAUGGUUCAUGGACAGAUGCAACUUUUUAGCAAUUCUUCAGCAUCUCAUAAACUUAUUCGCCAUCCCCACAUCUUCCCACCUUAAAAACUAUUUUCUAAUUACUUAAAGCAGCAAUUUAGAGCGGAAAUGCGGAUUUUCUUAUAUAUAGUGAUCUCAAAUUUAAAAAAUUUUCCCACAUCCACUGAUCAUUAAACUUGCUGUAAAAUAUACAAAUAAAUUUUUAUACCAGCUAAGAGAGCUGAAAAUUUUAAACUAGUUAUUAAAUUUUAAAAAUAAAUAACUUGGUUAAAAUGGCAAAAAACCCUAAUUUUGUGAUAUGAAAGAUUGUACUCUAAGUCGGACACAAGUUCUACACAUUCCCAUACAACAAUAUCUGCCAAAAGGGCAGAUAAAUCUCCACUUGAUGGCACUUUUAUUGGAAGCCUGCAUUGGCUUUCAGCAUCACAGAGAAGCAGCAUAACUUGGGUCUUGGUUAAACAAGGGCAAUUGUGUAUGGGCGUGAAGACUUUCAAUAUUUUGCAGAAGUCUUAUGAAUGUGCCAUGUUCCUUAUGGCUUGCCACAAGUGACUGUUUUUGUUGUGCACAGAGUGCAAUGUGGUGAAUAAAGUCACUUUCUGUGUGUAAUAGGGAAGGACCAGUAUCCCAGUAUGUGCUUUGGUGCAAGAAAAGGGAGACAGUUGAAUUGAUUUCACUGUACAUAAAAUGCAUUUGUUCACCUCUUUUAUCAUAUUUCUUCUCUGUGGAUUGUACAAACAAAUAAACUUUUUUUUUAAUGUAAUUAAUUUCAUGCACCCUACACUUGCAUGCAAAUAUAUGGCAUGUAUGUGCACUUGUCCUUAACAACUUGUCCCUUGCACGCCUGGCAAGUUGAAAAGUUGUGAUGGUUUCUGACAGACUACAUUGCAAGUACAAACUUCAGAAAACUGGUAAAUAAUUUACCGGUAUAGAAUGAGUCUUAAUUUUUUUAAAUUUUAAUAUUGUGACUUUUAAAAAAUUUUAAACACAUUGGGCAAAUUAUUAAAGUGGUGGUGUGAUUCAAAACAAGAGUUAAGCUAAUGAUGUUUUCUGCCAAAUAUAUGCGAAUGAAACUGAUUCACUUUUGGUUUCAGUUUUCUGGGUAGAGCUGAGAUUCUGACGUAUUUAAAGCCCUAUGUAGAAUAGGAAAACCAAAGCUCUCAUUUUUUUCUUUGAGUGAGGAGGCCACAGAACUGUUAGAUGUGGUAGCAUUGUAGUAAGAACAGUCCAGCAACUGGCAUGAAAUCAGUUUGCUUCAUCCUGACAAGUGUUGUGUUAACUGUCAACAAAACUGCACUAACCCUAAAUUGGCAGCAAAAGAAUAGUUCUAGCAAUUUUUCCAAAGAAAAAAAACCAGACUGAAAACUAUGUUUCUGACAUCAUAUUUACUAAUUUAAAUGUGACUUUACAAAAUGCUGUGUACAGUUGCAUAACCUGCCUUCUUUUGAUGUUGGAGCAGCUAAGCAGAACUGCAAUCUAUUUUUAUCAAAUGAGGUCAGAAUGAACACUUUUUCAGCCUAACAACACUUGGGCCACUGCUGCACUCUUGUGCAUCAUUUAGUGAUGGAGUAUUGUCACAGUCCUCUUAUGCUACAACCAGGCUACCUUGUCAGUUGAAUGGCAGAUCAUGACAGAUUCACAAAACCUGCAUUUCCUAACUUCAUUUCUGGAUCCAGUGGGAUGACUUCAGAGAUUCUUGAGACUUUUGGUGAUCACUAGCUUUGUCACAAAGGGGUGGGUUGUUGUGCAGGAAAUGGACACGAAACAUAAAAGUUGGGAGUGGAGAGAAUGCUACAAAAGUAAAAACUUGAUUAAACAAGCAUUUUCUAAGGCUGUGGAUUUUCACCGUGGCCUGCUGGACUAGGUGAAGUGGUAUGAGUUUUGCCUUUGUCAUCACUGUCCAAUGGUUAACAACUUUCCAGCAAAAGAGAUGUUUCAAAUAUGAAAUUUUCUUUCACCACACUGUUUUCCUUUGAUAGGAAUAUUAAGUACAGUGAAACUUUGAUUAUCUGGUCUUCAAUUAACCAUGCAUUCGGUUAUCUGAGAUCACCUAAAAUAGCAACUGCUAGACAUCACAAGUCCGCCUAGAAUUCUGACUACAGGAAUGUAGGCUACAUAUGUCACAGCUCAAGUUUUCUUUGUCGAUGGGUUUCUGAGAAUUCUAAAAGGAUUGAAAGUAUAGCAUCCUUACACCAGUUUAACAUGUUUUUUGUAGGUAUCUAUAGUCUCAGUGGCCAGUUAAAUGUCCAUAUGUAAUUCUAUAAUUAUUCAAAGCAAAAGGAUCUGUGUAUGACAGUUAGCAUUAGCUUUUCUUUUGUGUAUGGAGUACAAUCAGCAAACUGAGAAACUGAUUUUUUUUAAAAAUAAGGGUUAUUAACGGGCAGAAUGCUUCAAUUAGAAUAGUGACAGUCUUCUUGGCCCUUUUUUCUCAGUGGUGCAUCACUGGCGAAUCAUGAAUCCAUUAGGUCCUCUGUCCUUUAUAGCUAUUAUUUUGAAGUGUUUUGACAGCUGCAUAUAGUUCUUUCAGACCCUGGUAGUUUCUAUCAGCAUGGUUUUCACGUUUGAACUGUCAUGGGUACCUAGGCUACAUCCUAUGGCAUGGAUUUUUAUUCAUUGGAAACCACAAAGUUGUUGGUCAGCAGUCAGUAAGUUGCUCUUUGUAUUACAUUUGUACUUCCAAGAUUUCCUUUACUACCACUCAAUACCUCCAGCUCUAGCAAGCCCUCUGUAGCCACAGGUGUAAAUCAUUUUGCAUGAAAUGGACUUUAAGAUCAUCAGGCCCUAUCUUUGGUCUGUGUUUGUUUCCAUUCAGCACUUUUGAUCCAAAGCUAAUCCUGUAGUAACCUUACCUCUGUGUCAUAACUAUUGCCCUGCAUUCAGCCAAAAAAGAAGUGUAUCAAAUCUUUAAGAAAUGCUGUUGGACUCCUCCACACUCUAAUUCUGUUGCCAAUCAGUGUUUAUGUUAGAUGUCACCGAAAACUGUGUAAAGAUAAACAUUAGAUAAUGUUUUUGGUAGAUGCCCCCAACAUUAUGUCAAAAAUGUACAUCAUUAAUUAAGAAAAAGGUGAUAACUUCAUGCUAAACUUAAUGAAAUAUUGUCAUUCAAGUCAGCUAUUGCAUAGAACAGGAGAUGUAAUCAUUAUUUUAAAAGAAAAAGGAAACAAAUGCCGUCCACUCAUCAUCAUUACAGGUCAUUCCAUAUAUGAAUGACUCAUUGUGUUCCUGUGUCAACCAUCACACGUUUUAAACACAGGGGAAUGAACUUCUCAUUUUCUUCCAUUCUUAUUUCAGAAAUUGCCUGGCCUUAUUUGUCUUCUGGGUUUUUCUCCCAUCUAUAGUAAGUGCACUUUUGUUUUGGUUUCACAGCUGUAACAAGAUUUGUGUGACAUUAAUAUCCAUGAACACUUAUCAGUUUUCUUUCUAUUACUGGUAAGAGUUUAGUAAAAGUAAAGUUUUAAAACUGA